CCUCCCUGAGAGGGAGACCCAGGACCAGACACCUUUCACCCACGGGUGCCGAGCUUGCCAAGGCUGAGGCAAGAGGAGGCCAUGCCCAUGGGGUUUCAGCGACCGCCGCCGGCCGCCCUGUACCUGCUGGGGGUGCUGGUCACUUCCUGCCUCGGGGGGCCCUACUGGGAGGACUCAGGGAACCCAGUGAGACUGACAGGCUCCAGCUCACCGUGCCAAGGGCAGCUGGAGGUCCUCCUCGGGUCCACAUGGCGCACAGUGUCUAGGUGGAGCUGGAGACAGAACCCGAACCACCGGGGGGACCCCAGGCAGGCCUCGAAGCUCUGCCGGAGCCUCUCUUGCGGGGACGCCUUGGUCUUGACCCACUUACCUGACUUCAACAGUCCCCAGGCCCCGGUCACCUGCCAUGGACACCUGGGGUCCUUCUCCAACUGCACCUCCAGUGAGGCCAACCAGAGGAGCCCUAUGGGCCUGAUCUGCCUAGAGCCAAGGAAGACAACACCUCCUCCCACAAGCCCCCCACCCACCACCACUCCAGAGCCCACAGCUCCUCCCAGGCUGCAGCUGGUGGCCGGGCCCGGGGGCCUGCGCUGCGCCGGCGUGGUGGAGUUCUACUACGGCAGCCUGGGGGGCGCCGUUGGCUACGAGGCGCAGGACCAGGACGGGACCCAGGACCUGAAGAACCGCAUCUGUGCGGCCCUCCAGUGUGGCUCCUUCCUGAAGCAUCUGCCGGAGGCCCAAACGACCAGGACCCAAGAUCCAGGGGAGAGUAAGCCCUUGCCCAUUCGAUGGAAGAUCCAGAAUGCGAGCUGCGCCUCUCUGGAGCAGUGCUUCGGAAAAGUCCCCCCCUAUGAGGGUGGCCAAGCUCUGGCCCUCGUCUGUUCUGAUUUCCAGCCCAAGGUGCAGAGCCGCCUGGUGGGGGGCAGCAGCUUGUGUGAAGGCUCCGUGGAGGUGCGCCAGGGCAAGCAGUGGGACAUCCUGUGCGACGUGCCCCGGGCCAAGGGCACAGCCCGGUGGGAGGAGGUGUGCCAGGAACAGCAGUGCGGCAAAGUCAACUCCUACCGGGUGCUAGAUGCUGCCGAGAAGACCUCCCGCGGCUUCUCCUGUCCCCAGGAGAAGCUGUCCCAGUGCCACCAGCUGCAAGAGAAAAAAGCCCACUGCAAGAGGGUGUUUGUCACGUGCCAGGACCCAAACCCGGCAGGCCUGGGCGCAGGCACCGUGGUGAGCAUCGUCCUAGCCCUCGUGCUCUUGGCAGUGCUGCUGGUCGUGUGCGGCCCUCACGCCUACAGGAAGCUGGUGAAGAAAUUCCGCCAGAAGAAACAGCGCCAGUGGAUUGGCCCCACAGGAAUGAACCAGAACAUGUCUUUCCAUCGCAACCACACGGCGACCGUCCGGUCCCAGGUUGAGAACCCCACGGUCUCACCCGUGGAGAACGAAUACAGUCAGCCGCCCAGGAACUCCCACGUCUCUGCUUAUGCAGCUCUGGAAGGGGCCCUGCAUCGUGUUUCCACCCAGCCUGAUAAUUCCUCCGAUAGUGACUACGAUUUGCACGGGGCUCAGAGGCUGUGAGAGAACCAGGCACCAGGCACGAAACAUCAAGAGCCAGACCUGUCUCCUGAGAACACUCUUGCAUCCGCCACCUGGAAAUAAUUUCUGCCCCAGCCAGAACAUGGACCGAGGCAAGGGGCCUUCAGAUAUGUCCCCUGUCCCUGCAGCUGCGGGCUGCUGGAGCCUGGCCCAGGGAAGACCCCCAACACAGCCGGGCUGCCCCUUCGCGUGUGGGAGCCGUGAAAGGCACAGCCCAGAAACAAGACCCACCCCCCCCCAAGCAGACAUGUGGGAAGCGGUAGCCAGAGGAAUUGGUUCUUUCCUCAGACUCUGACCCCAGUGAAAAGGAAGCUCCGCUCUGGGGCGCAGGGUGGGACGGGCAGGGUGGGGGGGGGCUCGGUUUUCUAGUGUCUUUUUAAUAUGUUCUUUGUAAAUAACACUUUUUCUACUUUCUGCAAGCCAGAGGGCCUCCCCUCCUCAGUGCAGGGUCCAGCCCCUGCACCCCUCUGGGGACAGCGGUACAGCUGUCCUGGUUAGAAAGAGCAGCUUGGCAUGGCAGGCAGCUGGCCCCUGACGCGGAGCCCCAUCACCACCCUGCCUCUGUGGCCGCCCAUCAGCCCUCGCCCCAAGACGCCUUCCCGAGCAGAGAGCAUCAGAUCUCUGGGACCGCUGGCUGCCAAGCCCACGGGCGCCACGCCACCUCAGGGCCUGGCACAAAGAGGGCGCCUUGUAAAUCCUACCGAUGUGGGGUUUUGUUUCGCACCGCAGUUUAAACUUCAAAGCUAAAGUGGUUUCGGCCCAUCACAGAUAACUUCCAAGCCGAGAGUCAGAGACCGGGGCUGGACGUUCCUGGAAGUUAAAUCAUUCCCUCAACGGGAACAGUCUCUGCUAGUCAGAAACUAGAGACGCAUGUGUCUAGAAACACACAGUGCCCUGCGGUGCCCAGCUUUCCUUAGUGCAGAGGGGAGUACGAGCGGGAGAGCUCACUGGGAGCCUGAAGAUCUAGAAAAGGCAGAGGCCAGGCCGGGCCCCACUAAGCCCUUGGGCACCAGUCCCCUUAGGAGGCCUCUUGGCUCACCAGGAGCACCGGGAGCAGCAGCUCCUCAUAGCCCGGGCCACAGAAGCCAACUCUGGGAGAGCCUACGCUGAGUUACUGGAAGGAUAUGGGGGAGGGGUGCUCACAGAAUCGGGGGACCCGGGGGCACUAGCAUGCCAGAGAAAUCUGGUCAGCCCUCUGCCAACACCUUCCAACCAGGCCUUCCGUCCUCCCCAGAGUCCCGUGAGAGCCCAGCGGGAGAGCCCAGGUCUCGGACCUGCCCCGACCAUGCUAGGGAUCUGGACACAGGGGCCCCCAGUCACCUUCCUACACUUGGCAGGGGUGAGGGGUUCCUCCGGAGGGAACAGAGAGGCGGCUUUUAGGGAGAACCGUCGGGGAGCAAGAAUUCCAGUUCCCCCAGAGGUCCUUCAAGCUGGACUAAGAAUCCAAUUGACGUGAGAUGGAGUAACAGGAGAAAAUCAAAUUUGAUAGGAGUGUGUACAGGGAAUCCACACAGACGUGGAAAUUGCAAAGCCAGGCCAAAUGAGGUCUAUGUGUCGUUUUGACCAAAGGAGAAGGUGUAGGGCCUGGGACUGCAAAGGGAAGGAGUGCUCUUCACAGGGCAGUAAGACAAGCAGAUGUUUGGUGAUCAGAUGUUUGCCCUGCCGUACAGACGGGCCACUCAGAUAACAGUUAUCUCUGGCAAUAACUUAUUCUGGAAAGACCUCCAAUUUAGAUUCUUCUAUGCAGUUAAAGGAGGGGCAGCAGUGUCUCGUGAGCCCUCAGAGUCUUGAUGCCUUCAGCGCAAAACAGUCGGCAAGCCAAGUGGCCCAUCUUGGGGAGGCGCACCCUCCGCCCCUACAGGGCGGAGGCUGUGAGGCACCAAAUGUCGCCAACCAGCACCUUUCUUGGGAAAAGCUCUCUACUCUCCAGCUUGGCCAUGGUGCGUGGCCUCAGCACAACCAGGGCCUACUUAAGCCACCAACCCCUCGCAAAAAAGGAGCUGCAUUGAGGUGUUAGGUCUCUUUGGAAAACUGUUUUCCAAGCGGUGGCAGGCCUGGGUGGGGCGCCCCACAAAGAUGUGUUUGGUAAGCAGUUGAAUAGGAGCUGUCUCGGCCUUGGAGGCGCCUUUUGUCAGGCUCCGGCCUUAGCAGGAAGACUCAGCCCACAGGCCCAGGGUGGGUGCUGCUCCCCGCCACGAGCCACUCCCAGGCCACCUCCUUCACAGAACAGGAGCCCGGAGGCCGUGCUGCGGCCUGGGCCGCCUCGGGUCCACCCUCUUGCCUUACAGCAAGCUGCCAGAGCAGAGUAGGGGCCAGCGGCCCCCUGAGCCAGAGAGGGUAGGGCUCACUGUGUGUCCCCACCCCACCCCCCAUGCCAGCCCAUUUCCCUAAAUUACGUCACCUGCCUGACCGUCGGGGCCAUGUGAGCGUGCCGAAGCCCCUCUCCAUCAAGCCCUGUCGGAGAAAAUGGUGCUUCCUCUCGUCAGCCCCUCGUGCCCCCUGCCGCCACUCCAGGACCCGAGGCAAAGUCAGUGACUAGACUGUGCUGCCCGAGUGCGAUUUGUCAUCUUCUUCCUACAAAGCCAAGUUGGCUUCUGACUCUCCCUGGUGUCCUGUGUCCUGAACCCCGGACACAUGCAAGGCACCACCGGA